AAAAGGAGCAAAAAAAAAAGCCCCAAUUUCCAAUCCAGAUUUUGCAUCCUUCAAGGAAGCUGCAAGCUUUUUGCAAACCCAAAUGUCCCAGUGACUUUGCUUUCAAAGCUGGCUCCCCCCCCACCCUCCCUCUCCGUUUUCCUAUUCUUUGGCAAAAGGAGCAGAGGGAGCGGCAGUCCCCCAACCAGCUUGGUAAAUGAGUAUGGAAGAUUAUGACUUUCUCUUCAAAAUAGUUUUAAUCGGGAACGCUGGUGUGGGGAAGACCUGCUUGGUACGACGAUUCACACAGGGACUUUUCCCACCAGGUCAAGGAGCUACCAUUGGGGUUGACUUUAUGAUUAAGACAGUGGAGAUAAAUGGAGAGAAAGUAAAACUGCAGAUUUGGGACACAGCGGGACAAGAAAGAUUUCGUUCCAUUACGCAGAGCUAUUAUCGCAGUGCCAACGCGUUAAUCCUGACCUAUGACAUCACCUGCGAAGAGUCCUUCCGAUGUCUCUCCGAAUGGCUACGGGAAAUUGAGCAAUAUGCCAGCAAUAAGGUCAUCACCGUCUUAGUUGGAAACAAGAUUGAUUUAUCCCAUAAGCGAGAAGUCUCCCAACAAAGAGCCGAAGAGUUUUCCCGAGCCCAGGAUAUGUACUAUCUGGAGACGUCGGCAAAAGAAUCCGAUAACGUGGAAAAACUCUUUUUGGACUUGGCUUGUCGGCUGAUUAGCGAAGCGAGGCAGAACACCCUGCUGAACAAUGUGGAGUCUCCCUUGCCGGGCGAAGGGAAAAGUAUCAGUUAUUUGACUUGUUGCAAUUUUAACUGAUUGCAUUUGAACCCCCAAGAGUUAUGACUGCUCCUUCUACAGGCCUCUCUCCGGAGGCAAAGGCUGCUAUGACCCGGUCUGACUGGUGGAGAUAGUCAGGCACCUGAUCAUGACGCAUGCUGGGCUGGCCAUUUGUCUGCAGGGUCAGUCUAGAGGAUAACCCCCCCCCCCCCCCCCCCUUUUUAACACGUCCCACCCAGGAGCCUCAAAAUUUGGAGGAGAUUAAGAUUCAAAAAGGUGCUAGGUAGCAGCUGGUCAGGUCAUGGUUUUCACUUCUUUGGAAGCAUCUGGGAUCUUUCCCUUGGAAAUUCAGGAUGGAUUGUGUCUGCCCUUUACAUCUUUACAGAAGGAAAUCGAGAGGUGCAUUAGGAAAUGGCUGCGGGUUGACAACGCUUGUAUAUAAACCACGACCCGGAGUACCAUUUUGUACGGCACAAACUCCACCGAGCGCGCGCGUUGCGUGCCUAUGUGAUUUUUUUUUUAAAAAAACCCCUAAGUAUUAAUGCAUCUGUAAUCUGGGAUUGUGAUAAACGUGGGAGUUAAAAAGGGAUAGGUUGAUCGUUUGCAAUCCGCAGGGCUUGAGGUUGGAUGGCUGCUCUUUCGGUUCUUGUAAUCCAGAAGCUAAAUUUCCUCUAUGGUCAGCUUGCUCUGUUCUCCAUAGACAGAAGGUGUGUCCUUGAAAAGGUAUUGGUCAUAAAUACAGCAGCCUUUUGGUCCAUCGUUCCGACGAGAGACCAGUGAUAUGAAUUUAAAAGUUGGCCACGAGUUAUCCCUGCAUCUCUGAUCAAGUGUUCCAAAACUUUGCCUCUCAAACCAGCAUUGUUUUGUUUUGCCAUAUGGUGGGGCUUCCAAACCCACUUCAUUUUUUUGCAGAAAAGAGCUGGUGAAGUAUUGUUCGUACUGUUCCGCCGGUCUUGGACUUAGCUAAAAUAAGCUUCUUUGUGAGAAAUGAUGGAUCCUGGAAGUCUGGACUUCAGAUGUGGUUGUUUGAGAGAAUGCUACAGCGCUGAGGCUGUACCUAUGCACAAAUAUAAUACAUGGGGUGCUCUAUUGUUGAUGCAUUUGAGGAAUCGGGCAUGAAUAUAUUGGGAAGGUCGUAAAAAUCCCUCUUGAAAUGAGCUGUAUAAUGUAGCAGGUAGUCCUCAUGGCUGAAUUCUGCUUUUAACUAGAACACUAGCACUAACUGCGGAAUUUGCUGUCUUAUUGGAAAGGGCAUGUACAAUUUCAAAAGGUUUUUCUAUACGGUUGAGGAGGAAGGGAAAUAUCACGUUCUAAAUCUUUUAGACAGCUUUAUCGAGGCUGCAAUCACCUUGCAGAAUACGUAGCUCCGAAAAGCCAUUUAUUUAAAAAGGCAGAAAUGCAAGCCCGCUUCCCACAGCCACUUGGAGAUUUGUUUGUUUGCUGUACUUGGGCUUAAUUGUGCGUGGGUGUGCGUGCGCUUGUGUGCAUACGCAGAGAACGGUGUGUAGGCAAUACCCUUGAACCAAAGCCUCGGUGUUGGAAGGACGAUGCACAAAAGUCUUACUGUACGAGUUUGCAACUUCAGCACUCCAAACGUCGAAUUGCAAGGAGUCAACGCAAAUUUCCUUAUCGGUGCUUCACUUGUAUACUUGAAGAGAGACAAACUGGAAGGCAAGGGAUUCACAAUUAUUAAGGUAUUAGCAUUACAUGGCUGGAUGUUCCAUAGUUAGCAUCACUUAAUUUGGGUAAUUGGUUGGGCAAAUAAGGUUUUGGCAUGGCAUUCAAUGAAGAGGUGGUUCUACAUCGCAUCAGCCGCCAGUAAAAGCAGUGGUAUUGUAAAUCCAAGAGGGCUACCCAGUACAGAAUGUUUUGGGGGAUAGAAUUGUGCUCAAACUAUGACCGAUGUCCCCUUUUGCAUUAAAAUAAAGCUGCUAAAAUUUUAGCCUUUUUUGAGAAUAAAGCUGACAUUUUAAAAGCGUUGCGUUUUUUCUUUCUUUCUUGCGGAUUUUUUUUUUCUUUUCAAAAUCCAACAUUACUGUUAUAAAAAUCAGUU